AUGGCCAACUUCGCCGCCCAGCUCAGGGAUAGGUUUUUCGGCCUCGUCGACCGCGUCGCCGGCUGUGGCCGCUCCGGGGUCAGGGAGGAGGCCCCCAAGUCGGCGCCGGCGCCGGCCGUGCAGGAGGUUAUUGAUAUGCCGGGCAUUCACUUAGUUUGGCGACGUUCGGCGAACCCCGCCACCGUGAAGCACAGCCUGAGGCGCCCUCGCACCGCGGCUCCCUCCCAUCCGGUUAGAUACGGCGCUCGCGGUCACCAAAGCCCGCCCGCGACCCUCCGCCCAUGGCUAUUAGGGUUUCAGGCGUCGGCUCCGGUGGCCGUCGUCCACCUCCCGUCCGGGAGGAACCGCCGGUGGACAUCCUUGCAGCUGCUCGGGACAAAGCAGCCAUGGAGCUUCCUCCUGCUCCUCUGGCCUCGGGGAGUGAAAGGAAAGCAUCCAGUUGGGGUGGUCUGCAGCUCUGAUCACCUCCAGCAGCACCACAUAAUCAAAGUUCCAAACAGUAGUGCUGCACUUCUGCCCAGUGGCGAAGCUAUGUAUCCCCGAGGCUGGCUUCGCCGCUGCUUCUGCCUCCAGCAAGCAUUUCACUUUGAUGUUUAUAGCUACACGCACCAACUCGAUGUACGGCGACUCCAUGGAGCAAGUCGAGUUCGUGGAGCAAGUCAUGGACGGUGCCAUGGAAGAUUCAAAAGAUAUAUGGAUGAUUAUAAUGGUGCGUGGCAAGUAUAUUGCAAUGAUGAUGAUGUUCCGUUUCAUGAUGAUAAUGAUGUUCCGUUCCAUGAUGAUGAUGAUGGAUGCUAUCAGUUUUAGUUAAGUUGUAGGGAUGAUGUGUCUGUCUGAUGGUGUUCCCCGGUUAAGUUUAGUUAAGUUGUAGGGAUGUUGAAGGAUGCUUUUUAUUUAAGUUUCGCUGUCAAGAAAAUAUUUAGGUUAUGCAUCACAUUUCGAUGAUGUUUCCCUUGUAAUAUCAACCAUUGUAAUCCAACAGCUUUAUCCAAUAUAUGAUUUCUUUCUCUAA